AUGUCUUCUUCAAGAGCUGUUACACCCCUUAUCAUCUUGUUAGUAUUGCUUUUGCAAGCUAAAGCAGCAGAUUCAGCUGAGCCAUGCGACCCAAAUAUUUGCACACUGCCCGACUGCUUCUGCAGCGGAACCAAAAUCCCUGGCAAUUUAUCACCGUUCUCGACACCUCAGAUUGUAAUGAUCUCAUUUGAUGCCGCUUUGGUUGACAAUGCCUUUCCUCUGUACGAAGAGCUAUUCAACGGCAGGUUGAAAAACCCCAAUGGUUGCAACAUCUCUGCUACAUUUUUCGUGUCACACGAGUACACGAACUAUUGCAUGCUGCAAACGUUGUACCACCAACGCCACGAAAUCGCUGACAACUCCAUCUCCCGUCGUCUUCCACAAACCUGGUGGGCAACUGCAACUGAGGAAGAACAGGAGCUGGAGAUAGGAGGCAUGAGAGAGAUUUUACGCAAAUGGGGCAACGUCCAAGUGGAAGAUAUCAUGGGUUACAGGGCUCCCUACAUCCAGGUUGGUGGAAACACGGAGUUCAGGGCGCUUCGGAACCUGGGUUUCCUGUACGAGUCUUCGAUGCCUACUCAGCUCUUUAGGGACCCACCUCUAUGGCCUUAUACGCUGGACUACCAAUCAACCCAAGAUUGUGUUAUCGAGCCUUGUCCGACCGCUUUUUCCUAUUCUAGGAAAAGGAUCAUUUGGUUGCAGUGUUUCAGCAUUGAGACUCAGAAUAAACACACCUUUCUAUACUUUGCCAUGAACAGCGACGAGCCAAGAGCUUGGCAAACCAUUUCUGAAUAG